UAAUAUUUCAUGGGAAUUUUGCAUCCAAUAUUAACAGGCGGUGACAUAAAAGUCUCCAACAUCUGACUGCAGGAUGUUUCCGGGUCAAUCAGUGGUUCUGCGGGCCGCAGCUGUCUGACCGACUCUCAGGUGAAGAUGCACAUGAGGAAGUGAAGGCAGUGAAGACUCUGGAGUCAAAUGAGAGAUUUGGGAUGUAAAAUGUGUCUGAUGAGGUUAAAUAUUAGGGAAAGCAUCGUUAUAAAUGUCUGUCGUCUGAAAUGCAAAUAGUUUGUCCAAGAUUUUGCAUUUUCAGAUGAAAAGCAGGAAUCUGGAUUUCUGCAGUCAGACUGGAGACCAGUGAAUGUGCAGAGAUGGAGAAAGUUCUGUGGUUCUUUGCUGCUGCAUCAGCUCUGAGCGCCUCCUCCCACCCUGAACGUCAGUACCAUUUCGUUUACGAGCCAAAGAACUGGACCAACGCUCAGAGCUACUGCAGAGAAAACUACCCCGACCUGGUCACCGUGGACAACGAAGACGUUGUGACGAUCCUGAACAACAUGGCCGAUCUGCAGCAGAUGGACUCCUCCGCUGUCGCCUGGAUCGGUUUGUACCACAAUGAGGUCAGAUGGAAGUGGUUCUCUGAAGGUUUUUACCGGAGUGAUGAGCUGAACUGGCAGAAAUGGGAGUGGAGGGAGCCAAACCUCCAAUGGUACAUCCCGUCAUGUGGGGCGAUGGACAAAGCUGGGUGGUGGUACGAUGUGCUACAAUGA